AUGCCUGCCUUCUCGAAGCUCCGCCAACUUGGCAAGAACGGACCCUUUGUGUCUGCCAUAGGUUUUGGCCAGAUGGCACUUGGGACCGACUUCUACGGAGCCAUUCCGUCUGAUGAAGAGCGUUUCGCUGUCAUGGAUCGUGCCCAUGAGCUGGGUAUGACCAUGUGGGACAGCGCUGAUCUUUAUGGAGAUAGUGAAGAAUUGAUGGGAAAGUGGUUCAAGCGGACCGGGAAGCGUGAUGACAUCUUCGUCGUGACCAAGUUUGGCUUUGUCAAAGGCCACGAUCACACCAAGGGCCCCAAGUAUGAUACUUCCGCUGCCUAUACCAGGAAAGCCUGCCUUGAGAGUCUGCGCAUUCUCGGGAUAGACUCUAUUGACCUUUACUACGUGCACCAUGCCAGUCCCGUAACACCAAUCGAGGAGACAAUGAGAGAAUUGGUCAAAUUACAAUCCGAGGGGAAAAUCAAGCAUAUUGGUCUUUCAGGUAUUUCCUCAACCACACUGCGGAGGGCCUACAAAAUUGCGCCAGUGGCAGCCGUCCAGACAGAAUACUCAGUUUUUGCCCGUGAAAUCGAGAGCGACAAAGGUACUGAUCUUCUUGCCACUGCUCGCGAGCUCGGUGCUGCCGUCGUCGUGCAUUCCCCCCUCGGGCGAGGCAUACUCACCUCGAACUUUGGCGCUAGUGAGCCGGCGAGUGACAGCAAGGACAGGCGUCACAAGUUCUUCCCCUGGUUUUCAGAAGAACAUCGCGAGAACAAUAUAAAGGUUGUGGGCCAGUUCAAAGCCUUGGCUGAGAAGAAAGGCUGCACCACUUCUCAGCUGGCUCUUGCAUGGCUCCUCAAGCAGGGUGAUGAUAUCAUCCCCAUCCCGGGCACAAAGAAGAUCAAGUACCUCGAGGAAAAUUGGGCGACUCUCAACGUCGAACUUUCCGAUGCUGAAGUGGCGGAGAUUGGACACUUCGGCGAGACAGCUGGCAUUGGAGGGGACAAUAAGAUUGCCGCACACAAAGAUCAUUAUUUCGCAAACACUGUGGAAGAGUCCUAG